CAAGGUUAAACAAACAGAAGAGGUUCGUGCGAGGUGGUCGGGAAGGGUAAUAGAGGGUCGGGCGGUUGGGAAAUAAAGGACUGAGUCGGUCCGAGUGGGACGUGUUGGUCGAGGCUACAGACCCUUUGCUCAGUUUUCUCCCGCGCCGACAUGAAGGCCGACAGGAAUGUGCUGAGGCUGGCCGCCGUGCAGCAACUUCGAACUUACGGCAUCAAAGUGAAAAACUGGAACAGGAUCAACGGCAACAACCGGGCACAAGGCCGGGAUCACAGCCGGGACAAGACUAUCAUAUGCAAUGCAGUGUUUGGCACCCCUCUGCAUGUUCUGCCACAAAGCACUGUCGUUGAACAUGCCGUCAUUCCACAAUUUCUAGUUGAUGCUUGUAACUAUUUAGAAAAGCAUAAUCACACAGAAGGGCUCUUCAGAAAAUCAGGAUCAGUGAUUCGCCUUAAAGCUUUAAAGGCUAAAGUGGAUCAAGGUGAAAAAUGUAUUACUAUGGCUCCCCCUUGUGAUGUGGCAGGGCUGGUGAAACAGUUUUUCAGGGAGCUACCUGAGCCUGUGCUCCCAAAGGAAUUGCAUGAAGCCUUCUUCAAAGCACAGCAACUGCAAAAUGAUGAAAGCAUUUCUGCCACAAUUCUUCUAUCUUGUUUACUGCCUGAGAGAACUGCAGAUACACUGCGCUACUUCCUGACAUUUCUUAAUAAUGUGUCUCUCAGGUCAGAAGAGAACAAAAUGGAUGCCAGUAAUCUUGCUGUAGUAUUUGCACCAAAUUUGUUCCAUUCUGGUGAAGGAAAUGAAAAGUCAACUGCAAUAACAGAGAGACGGCUCCAGCUCCAAGCUGCAACUGUGCAUAAACUAAUUGAAAAUUGUGAACAAAUUGGCCGUGUUCCAGAGUUUGUUUUGGAAAAAGUUCCAGGAAUGAUUGGUGUUUAUGGAGAAUCUACCACGCCUUCAUUAGAACAUUUGGAGGAUGUCGAUGGCUCAACAAUAGAGGGUUGCAAGAGGCGAAGGCGACGUAGUGUUGGAGAUAUAGUUAGCGGGGCAUUAAGUAAACUUAAAGCAAAUCGAACACCUUCUGCUACUCCUCAACUUGACUUAUCUGCAACAUCUUCAGGAACUCCAAUAAUGACGACUCCGACAUGGAAACGGAAAAUACUAGCAGAUUCUUCACAAAGCCUUGGGUUUUCAAACAAAAAGCGGCGUUCGAUAAGACAUAAUAUAGCUUUGGAACUGUUGCCAAGCAGUUUUCUCAGUCAGAAUUCUACACCAUCGUCAGAUGACAUCAAGAAGGAUGAUGGUAGUCCUCCAGUGUCUCUAGAGUCAUUACAAGGUCCUCUGUCUCUCUCUGCUGGAAGUGUUAUGCUUCAGUCAAUUACAUCAAUAAAUCGACGGAAAAGUAAACGGCUAGAAAACAAAGUGGAGAGAAUGGAAUCUGGAAAAGCUAGUUGCUUUUCUCCCAAGCUUAGUCGAAAAAGAAUGGUCCGCAAGUCCUUGCGUUUAAGAUUUAGCCUUGGAAAAAACAAAGACUCAAAUACUUUAUCCUCCAGAGGCCCAGCUCCAAAUGGAUCAGAAAAUAUUGGUUGGCGUCUCGCAAAUCAGUGUGAUGUUCAUGACUACAGAUGGUUCUCAGCAGAAGAUCUCCCAUCGACCCCAGUCGUAAAACACAGAGAUACAAGAGAAAUUGAAAGGGCAUUUUCUGAAUCUGGAAGUGACCAAGGUUCAUUUGCUGAAGACCAUAAACCUUCCACUGUGGAAAACCUAUGUAACAAUGACUUGCUUCUCCAACAGACUGAAACUGUGGCUGUCCCUCAGAAGCCUGAUAGUACAUAUGAAGAUGCAUCAGAUUCAAAAUGUUCAUGUCCUGAAUUGCCAGCCAAACUUGUUUCUGAAAUAAAACUUCAAAAUCUCAAAAUAGAUUCCAGCUCAACUGAUAUGAACAUGACAUUUAGCACGAGCAGUAAUCUAAACUGCAUUAAUAUUUUAGAUCAGCAAGACACGUGUGAAACUGCAGUCCUAAAAGAGAAAAGCACGUGUUUUCCUUCUCUGGGUGAUCACAGUCGUCUAAACGAAACCCAACCGCUAUUUAAAUCUAGUGCAGUAUUUUCAUUUACAGGACAGUCAUCUCCUGAUAAGAUGCCAUUGAAUUAUGAAGUGUUGAAAGAACAAGUUGAAAAUGGUAUUUCUGCAGAAAGCUUAACUGUGCCACAUUCUACAGACGCAUUAGUUGAUAGUAAUCAUCCCUCUGAAUUGCACCAGUCUUUGCGCUUGCCUAACGAAUUAGAACCUACUUUGACUAAAAGUGGUAGCAAUUUACUGUCUACAGAUGGAACUCCAGCUUUGGAAUUCCCUUCAAAGAGGCUUACUUUGGAUGCCCCUUUGAGGAAAGUUUCAGAACAAGUUCUGAAGACCUCUGAAUGUGGUCAUCGCAAAGUGAUUGAACAUAUUCAGUGGUUCAAUAGUCUUUCAUUAAAUGACCAGACUCCAAAAUGCAAAACUGUUCAACCACCUUUAUCAUUCAAACGUACUCCUGUUCGACACUCUAUUAGGAGGAUGAAUUCAUUAUUGUAUGGAAAUGACAAAUCAAUAGUGACUAGGACCCGAUCAUGUAAAACUACAGUUGGCUCUCCAUUAGUUAAAUCAGUAAGUCAUGAAAGUGUUCUGCCGUUUAAUUCAAAUUCAUCUUCAUUUGUGCAAAAUGCAAAUGUUAAGCAAAGUAAACAAAGUGAUGUGCGUCAAAAUAAUUUGUCUGUUGAAGGAUUUUGCAAAACCAAAGCAGCAAGACAAACACAAUAUUCUGUAGUUUUUAAACAAAAUCGCUCAGCUAAUCAGCAGAAGAAUUCUUUUGAUCGGAGUAUUAACCAGUCAGUUUUUGGAGAUUUGACUAAUGGAAACAUGUCAAGAAUGCAUCAAGUUGAAGGUGUACUGCCAAAGCGUAGUGUAGUUAUUGAGAAUAUGUCUUGUGUAACUCCAGAGAAAUCUAUCUGUAAUUCCAUGUUGCAUAAAGUUUCAGAAAAGGAAAGACAUCGUUACAGAGGUUCACCAAAGUGUCCAAUAUCAUCAGGAAAACUCACAACCAAACCUAUCGACCUAUAAAUAUGUUAUAAUUAAUCUGUUAUCAUUCCACAUUGCUGCUGUUUUGAUGCAUCCAAUUGCACAAGUUGAGCUCUUUAAAGCUGGCUUCAACUUUGAUAUUCAGGUUAUAAUUACUUGAAAUGCUGGAAUUUGAUUUUUAAAAAUUAAGUAACUAUUCUCAAACGCAUAAGAACAAUUUUUGUACCUAUGCAUUUUUAUUAAUAUGUAUUUGUGUGCUUUGCUGUAGUGUAGAUCAACUGUGUAGAAAGCUGUGUCCUGCUCUUUGCUUUGAGUGGUAUUAGGUAAUUUUUGUUUCAACUCACUGCUGAGUAAGUCCAUUGUGUUCAUUAUCAUUAAACUGAGUGAAGAAUUGAAGAUGGAAGAAUUAAACUUCUCUUUGGCAUUUAAAUGUAAAGAUUUUAAAGUAAUCAAUGUAAAAUUUCACCUGCUUCCCAUGGGUGUCCGUGUUUAGAGCAGGUUGACGAUGCAGGCUAAUUUUAUUGUGUUGAUUCUAUUUAACAAGAUUUCUCACUGUACAUUGGAAAUCACAUCCUCUAUCAGAAAUUCCCAUUAAACACCUUUAGUUGUUUUACGGUUUUAUACAGUAUGUUGUACUGUAGUUUUAUAUUUUAAAAUUAAUAGGAAUGUUUUAGCUGUACUCUCUCUACUUUUAUUAUGAAAUAUAGAUGUAAAUAGUCUAUCUCAGCUUUUUACAGCAAUCCUGUUGAAUUUGACUUAAUAUUGCAGCUUUUCCAAUGAAAUUAUUGUCAGUUGAUCUGAGCAUAAACAUAAACUGUAAGAAAUUGUUCACAAUACUCAUGUCUAUGUUUACAGCAUUUAACUCAAGUGAGCAGAAUUGAAAUAAAAAAAUUCUUCUAUUUGUAGUGCACUUGUUUAAAAACAUUGCUCUUGACUUAAGCACAGGUUUGCAGUACAAUCAAGUGGAAUGAUGGAAGAAACAGAUCAAAAGCUCACUGAAGACUUCGAGUAAGAAUAAAUCGAAAAGGGUGUAACUGUCAGAAGAAUGGAAAUCGGGUUGGAACCUCCCAAAUGAAUCAAUAAUUGAGAUUUAUCAAUUUGUAACAAUUUGUAUGCGGUUUAACAAAACGCAGUAAUUUACAGACUCUGGUUUUAUUUCUCAUUUGAAUCAUGGACUUGCCUGAUGUUCUCCUCUACUAUGUUGUGAGUUUUGUCUUGCUCCUUUUUGUAGUGAUUCCAGUGCCUGAGUUGUCUUAAUGUGAUAUUAUUUCUAUUUGAUGUAAUUAAAUUAGUCCUGGCACCUUACAGAGAUUAUGAUUUGUAUAUACUAUCAAUUUGGGUCAUUCCAAACCAGUUUGAUCUGACCUCGAAGUUGCACCUCUCUUUAAACCAUCAUGAGCAAUUUCAGGCAGAUACAGUUUUCAUUUUUUAAAAAAAAUGCUCAUUCAGAACUUGGAAUGGUGUCGGGUUGAUAAUACAAGUGUGAACCACGCUUAAUGUAGAAUUUUUCAGAGGGGAAGUGGGGUAGAAAAAAGAUCAUGUAAAAUGGAAUGUUGUCCUUGGGUGUAUAAAUAGUAUAACGUAGGCUUUAGACACCAACAAGGUCAUUUACACUUGGAACUGUAGGACUUGGUUUGGGUAUUACAUGGAUGUUUGCUUCUGUAUUUACUCCAAAAAAUGCUGCCCAAGUCAUAGUGACUUAGAAUCUAGACACCAACUGGGCUAAAAAGUGAUAAACAAGGUGUUAGCUGGUUGCACUAAAAGUAAAGUCAUAGUGCCAAUGCACGUUAUCAUAUUCAGAAGGAUCGUGUCAAAGGUCUGAGUAAUUGCAAAUGCUCCACCUUGUUCAAAAAGGAGUACAAGGAUGAACCUGAAAACUAUAAGUUAAUCAGCUUAACCUCGGUAGUGGAAAGCCUUUUAGAAAUGAUGCGGCAAAUACAUUUGAGCCUUCAUGUGUGCAUGAAGUCUCCAAAUAUGGCUCACUCUCAUCUUUUAAUAUUAAUAGUCUUAACAAAAGAUCUGAUCCUUAGCCAUUACCAUGGUUUUCAGCUGUAAUUUUCUUUUCAGUUUGGUUACAUACCUUAUUGUGAAAACAGAUUCAGAUCUCAAGAUGUGCGGAAAAUAUUUACUCCUGAUAUAGGAAAUUUCAGUCCUGGAGUUUUUUUUAAAAACAACAUGUAAAUAUACCAUGCUGUAGCAUCUUGUUAAAUGUCAUGCAAAUGUAUUUUCAACAGAAAACAAGCCUGUACCAAGAUAGAUCAAAAAGACCAAAGUGUAAAAGAAAAGCCUGCAAAAAUAUGGAAUCUUUCAGGACAUCUCUCAUUUUACAGCAAAUAAAGUACUUCUCUAGUCGUUACUAUAGCAUUGUAGGAGGCAGUGCUACCAUUUUGCACACUAUUUCCCACAUUUUGUUUUGUGAGGUUGAUGCGUGGGAUGCAUGUUGAGCAAUACACCAGAAAAAUACUCCUGAAGGACUUGGAAUCAAUAGAAAAGUUAUUGGCUGAAACGUGUGUAGCUUCUUCUGCCAUGGAAUAUUCACAUCUAUAAAUGGUAAAGCUGAGCUAAAUUUGUUCACUAUGCAUUGAGACAUUGAAUGCAACAUUAGCGAUGGGAAAUGGCUUGUAUUUCUUAACUACUGAAAGGUGAAAAUGAUUUUGAGAACUAACUUCUCAUGCAAAGUGCAACAGAUCGAGAUAAAGUGUUUCAAAUAGACCUAGGAUGUCUGAAAAGCUGUAUCCAUUUUUCAAUGUUCCUAAGACUUGAUAAGCACAACUAAUUAUUAAUAAACAGCAAAGCACUUCUGGCUAAUUAUCCUCUUAAUUUGAACCAUUCUGUGAAAGACCAUUGGUGAACAUUAGCACAUACAGAUUUUAAUAAUAAAAGGGCUGACUUUUGAAUUUGGUUACUGCCGUUAAAGGAGAGAAAUGAGCUGGUGAAUCACAGAAGUCUGCAAUCAUGAU